CAUGAAAAUGAGCCACCAUCUUACCUUUCAAAUUCACUUCCAGCCAGGACAACAACUUGACAGUAAGACACAGGACAGACCCGCUGGCCCGAGCAUGGCGACACCACUCACCGACCAGGAGAAGCGCAAGCAGAUCAGCAUUAGGGGGAUUGUGGGGGUGGAGAAUGUUGCAGAGCUGAAGAAAGGAUUCAAUCGUCACCUGCACUUCACCCUGGUGAAAGACAGAAACAUUGCAACACCCAGGGAUUACUACUUUGCCCUGGCUCACACAGUGAGAGAUCACCUGGUGGGGAGAUGGAUCAGAACGCAGCAGUUUUACUAUGAAGCAGACCCAAAGAGGGUGUAUUAUCUGUCUCUGGAGUUCUACAUGGGCAGGACGCUCCAAAACACGAUGAUCAACCUGGGGCUGCAGAACGCCUGCGACGAAGCCAUCUAUCAGCUCGGCCUGGACAUGGAGGAGCUGGAGGAGAUGGAGGAGGAUGCCGGUCUGGGGAACGGAGGCCUGGGCAGACUGGCAGCUUGUUUCUUGGAUUCGAUGGCCACCUUGGGUCUUGCAGCGUACGGUUAUGGCAUUCGAUAUGAAUAUGGAAUCUUUAACCAGAAGAUAAGAGACGGCUGUCAGGUGGAGGAGGCAGAUGAUUGGCUGAGGCAUGGAAACCCGUGGGAGAAAGCCCGUCCGGAGUACAUGUUGCCAGUUCACUACUAUGGACGGGUAGAGGAGACAAAAGAUGGCUCCAAAUGGGUCGACACUCAGGUAGUUUUGGCGAUGCCCUACGACACGCCCAUCCCCGGCUACAUGAACAACACUGUAAACACCAUGAGGCUGUGGUCCGCCCGUGCCCCCAACGAUUUUAACUUGAGAGACUUCAAUGUUGGAGAUUAUAUCCAGGCUGUUCUGGACAGAAAUCUGGCGGAGAACAUCUCCCGUGUUCUUUAUCCCAAUGACAAUUUCUUUGAAGGAAAAGAACUUCGUCUGAAGCAGGAGUACUUUGUUGUGGCGGCCACACUCCAAGACAUCAUCCGCCGCUUCAAAACCACCAAGAAGGGCAGUCCUGUCCGAACCUCCUUCGAGAGCUUCCCAGAAAAAGUCGCCAUCCAGUUGAAUGACACUCAUCCUGCCAUGGCCAUCCCCGAGCUGAUGAGGAUCUUUAUUGACAUUGAGAAACUCGACUGGGACAAGGCCUGGGACCUCACUGUACGCACCUUCGCCUACACCAACCACACAGUCCUCCCCGAGGCUCUGGAGCGCUGGCCUGUGGAGCUGCUGGAGAAGCUGCUGCCCAGACACCUGCAGAUCAUCUACCGCAUCAACCAGGUCCACCUCGAUAGGAUUGCGGCUCUCUAUCCAGAAGACGUGGAGAAGCUGAGGAAAAUGUCUCUGAUUGAAGAAGAUGGAUGCAAGAGGGUGAACAUGGCGCACCUGUGCAUCGUGGGAUCUCACGCUGUCAACGGAGUCGCUCAGAUACACUCCAACAUCAUCAAGACUGACGUAUUUCGCCAUUUCAGUGAACUCGAACCGGAGAAGUUUCAGAACAAAACCAACGGCAUCACUCCCAGACGCUGGCUGCUGCUCUGCAACCCCGGACUGGCUGAGCUCAUAGCUGAGGUCAUUGGGGAGGAUUAUGUGAAGGACCUCAGCCAGCUACAGAAGCUGAAUGACUUUGUUGACGAUGUUGCCCUCAUCCGAGAUAUCUCUAGAGUGAAACAGGACAACAAGGUGAAAUUCUCCCAGUACCUGGAGAAAGAGUACAGGGUGAAGAUAAACCCGUCGUCCAUGUUCGACGUCCACGUGAAGAGAAUCCACGAGUACAAGCGGCAGGUCCUCAACUGCCUGCACAUCAUCACCAUGUACAACCGCAUCAGAAUGAACCCCACUGCACCCUUUGUCCCACGAACAGUGAUCAUCGGGGGAAAGGCUGCUCCUGGGUAUCACAUGGCGAAGAUGAUCAUCAGGCUCAUCACCUCAGUGGGUGAUGUGGUGAAUAAUGACCCUGUGGUGGGAAACAAGCUGAAGGUCAUCUUCCUGGAGAACUACAGGGUCUCUCUAGCAGAGAAAGUGAUACCUGCCACAGAUCUGUCGGAGCAGAUCUCCACUGCCGGCACUGAAGCUUCAGGAACAGGAAACAUGAAGUUCAUGCUGAACGGCGCUCUGACCAUCGGCACCAUGGACGGAGCCAACGUGGAGAUGGCCGAGGAGGCUGGAGAGGAGAACCUGUUCAUCUUCGGCAUGAGGGUGGAGGACGUGGCUGAAAUGGACAAAAGGGGAUAUGAUGCCAUGGUGUACUACAAGAGGAUCCCAGAGCUGAAACAUGUGAUGGAUCAGAUCACGAGUGGAUAUUUCAGCCCCAAAAAUCCAGAUCUUUUCAAAGACCUCACUGACAUGCUCUUCAAAUUUGACCGUUUCAAAGUGUUUGCAGACUUUGAGGACUACAUUAAAUGCCAGGAGAAAGUCAGCAAGCUCUAUCAGAAUCCAAAGGAGUGGACGAAGAUGGUGAUCAGGAACAUCGCUGCCACAGGGAAGUUCUCCAGCGACAGAACCAUCACAGAUUACGCCACCGAGGUGUGGGGCGUCGAGCCGACUGACCUGAAGAUCCCACCUCCGAAUGAGCCGAGAGAGGCCAUCGAAGAAACGGCCAGAGCUCUGAAGAAAAUGUGAGGCUGUCUCUCAACCAAGAGCUGCCUUCAAGUUUACAAAUCAUGGA